GUAAAGUCCGUAUUAUCUAUGAAGAAAACCUUGGUGUAGUGGAUUUCCAUCCUGCAUCAGAUGUUGGCACCAUCUAUCUGUCAGAAAGUGAACUAGUGACCGGUACCACUUAUAGAAGGAAACUAGUCAAACUAAGAAAGUCUAGUGGUCUACGUGGCACAGUGUUAGCAGAGAAGACUUCUCUAAGUUCCCAGUAUUUCCCAGCUCUGCAAAAGUUUGCCGUGCUUGAAAUUGGGCUCAUCUUGUUUCCUGUAGCCAAUCAGAGAGCUGCUGGACAGCUACUGUGGCAGAUGGUGGUAGCAGAGGGUAAGAAGUCUAGUAAUCCGUUCCUGUCCAAGGCGCUGACAUCUCCCCUGGAUACCUCUGUCUUGAACACAGUACAACUCAUUCCUGGCCUGGGGGAUAUAAAGGCCAAAGCUCUUCUGGAAAGAUUCAAAUCAAUUAGAAACAUUUGUAAUGCGGAUGUGGCGGAGUUGACUGCUUGCAUAGGCAAGACGAGCGCCUAUAAUGUCAAGUCGUUUUUCCAAGAAGCAGGGCCCAGUUGACAAUCACACAAAUCAACACCAUUAUUAGUGUGAACUUCGGAAUCCCCGACUAAUUAAUAAUGAGUGAAAAACAGGACGCCACCCAGGUUGGAAUGGGUCGCUUUCAGUAAAGAGUUGAAGAAAAGGUUGUGUAAGGAUAAUUGUGUUAUCUUUCCCAGAUAUCCAGAUACCACAAUAUAGUUCUUAUGAUGAUUAUCCCACAUAUCUGUGGCGGUAUUACAAGCCGGGAGGCCUGUUGUGAAAUAAAUUAUUAUAGUGUGAAAUAGAUGUUUCAUAAUUUUUGUAAUGGAAUCAAUAGUGGGGAAGAAAUUUAUUUCAAAGAAAGAUCAGGAAAAGACAAUUAUAGGCGACCCCGAUCAUAGAACUCAUCUUUUUACAAAAGGAAUUUUCUCUAUUUGUAUUUCCCGCUGAUACAUGUGUUCCAGCCUUUGUGCUGUUAAUACAUUCUGUGAUGUCGUAAGGUAUAUGACGCGAACCCUAAUUUGAGGGGUUUUGACUUGAAAAGAAUUGAUCUACGAUUUAUCAACUCUGUCACAUUUCAAAAUCUCAGAAAUUCCCAACAAAUAAACAAUUUUAAAGGUAAUUAUUUAAGAGGAAUCAAAUAAGUAAAAGGAUAGGGAGUUAUUGAGUGUAAGUUUAAUUUCUUUAAGAGUCACCAAGGUAGGAACAGAUGGAAUAUAUGUAAAAGUCGCAUAUAAUUUGACUUGAUUGGUUAAUUUCUCAAUAUAUUAAAUUUUGUAAGUUUCUGCCACGUGUUAAACACAUGCAAACUAAGGAUAAAUAUGGUCCAAGCAUGAUUAAUUCAAAUAAUAUUUUAAAUAGAAAACAAAUCCUUUAGAAAUUGCCUAAUAAAGAAAUGUUGAAUGGAGGAAUGCAACAUGAGAAUGGAAAAUUCUCAUUCUCAUGGAUGAAAACAAGUCAGUGCGUGAUCAGUACGGAGAAAUAGAGUAUUAAUGCUUGUGAAUUUGUAUGAAAGAGAGAGUUGGUGAAUAAA